AGACAGGCAGGCAGUAAAGAGACUGUGGGACAUCAACAACAGGCUGUCAGUUGUUCUGUCUGCUGUAAUUCGUUAACCAAGUUCUCUGGAAAGGAAUCUUAUUUACCUUCGUGUAAACACUACGGGUCUUUGCUGCAUCUUACCCGGCACAAGGUCAGCCAUGAGGCUCUGCUCUCCUCUUCUGGUCUGCUUGGCAGCAGGCUUGUCCUCUGCCUUUGUGAUUUCACCUCUCCAUAUGUGGACCAAAAUUAUCCUGACCCACCACUGGCCAACUACCUUCUGUUCUAUGGAACACUGUCAUCCCAACAUUAGCUACUGGACAUUACAUGGACUCUGGCCAGACAAAGGGAUUGAUUGUAAUUCAUCAUGGCAUUUCAACUCUUCCCAAAUAGAGGACCUGCUACCAGACAUGAAGAAAAGUUGGCCUGACCUGCUAAACCCCACAUCUGCUAGUUUCUGGAAAUAUGAGUGGCACAAACACGGGACAUGUGCAGCCAAAGCUGAAUCUCUGAACAGUCAACACAAAUACUUCAGCAAGGCACUUGAACUUUAUCAUAAACUGGAUUUGGACAGCAUCCUGAGGAAGUUCGACAUCAUCCCUUCUGACAAAUACUACGCUUUUUCACAAAUUGAAGGAGUGAUAGAAAACUUCUACGGUGUCAAACCUAAAAUCCAGUGUGUCCAUCCAUCAAAGAAUGCCGAUUUCCAGAUUUUGGGGCAGAUUGAGAUCUGUUUCAACCCCGACUUUACCCUCUUGAACUGUGAGAAACAAAUCACCAUGGAAACCAUUUCUAAAGGAGGUUGGGACAGUCCUGUGGGUGUUGACAAGGCAUCAGGGUUCAGUGUGUGUGACCAUGAUAUGCCAGUUUACUACCCUCCCUUUCAAUGAAAUGCAUACAUGCACAAACUGAAAUGUUGUUACGUUUCAGUUCAAUCAAUCCACUUACCUACGAUACACAGAGAUAUACAAACAAAUGCAUUUUGGGAGGGGUUUUUUGUGCAAAUAUGCUGUAAUAUUUUACUCAGGAUUGACAAUGAACAGUGUAGAUUUAAUGUUAAAGAUACUGUUUGGGAAAAUAGGAUCAAUCACUGCCGUCUUAAAACAUUUUUAAAAACUAUUUUGUAUUUUUCAAAUUUGCUGUAAAAACCACACAUGCAUAGACAUGUGCACUACCUUACUGGACUUUUAUUGCUUUUAUACUAUAAUACUGAUAGACAAGGUCAACAGUUAUAGCAUGUGUUUUUCCAAAGGACAGCCAGGGGCGUCAUGAUUACAGUUUAUGUACUGUACAUUUUACAUAUUGUCAAAGUGCACAUGUUGUGACACUGCUUGACGUUUUUCAACAAUAUUUGUGUUUGUAUGCCUCCUGUUCAGUGCCAUCUCUUUUUUUAUAAGAUUAGUUUAGUUAUUUAGUUUUACAUAAAUGCCUUCUCAAAAUCAUAAUUCAUUAAUUUGUUGCAUUAAAAUAUGAAGUGUUCUGUAAUGUUAAAUCACUAUUCAAAUAAUACUUCUUAGCCUGCAUAUUUUUGAGGGUUUUAAGACCAAGUGGCAUUAUCUUUGGACCUGCAAGGCACCUUUUAAUAUGCUACAUCUUUCAUGAAAUGGAAACUAAUGAUAGUUAUACUUAGCUACCUUCGGAUAUUUGCCAAGUACUCGCACUUGUUUUCAGUGUUUCCUGUUUAGGACUGCCUGUCUAAGUGUAUAGAACCGACUCUUCUUUUACCUCUGUAUUUUUUGUUUUUAGGAAAUACGAAUCUUAAAAUGCAGAAAAUAUACUGAAACUAAAAACAAGUUUGCCCACAAUGUAACACAGUGCAUUACACAAGAUGUCAACCAAGUUCACAGUACACCAUUUUUACUAUACUUAGGACAACACAGAUGAAACACUUAAGAUGUAGCAUGAUUUGACAAACACUAUUUAAUCCAUCACUGAUCUGUGCAAUGAUUUGUUUCUGCUGGUGCUUUUGGGCUGUGGUUAUUUUUGUGCAUUAAUUAAUUGAUUCAUUUUAAAGCUGAAUUAUUUUUGUAAUUUUCAAAAUGACUCAAAUGAAAAUGUGUACAGUGCAUCAUUUUUUAAUGUUAAUAAAACACUCAAUAUCCA